AAUCAUACCAACACAUGAUGACUUCAAGUGACGAAAUCACCAAGGCCGACUGCCUUGAUUGGUCUGACGGCGAGUCUAGAACCCGUAAUGUCGCGCAGGCGACAAUCCUCACCUGUAUUCUUCUCAGAUUUCAAACAGGAAUGCAGCGCACUCUGCGCUGCCAAUGGAGAGGCUGCCUUUGCUGCAAGCGAAUACGACAAGCCUAUUGACCUACACUCGAUGGCGAUCGACCUGGAUUCCGCAUUCUAUAUAUUCUUUGCAAAUCGCAGCGAGGCAAAGUUAUGUAAAAUGUUAUGGGAGGAUGCGCUACUCAAUGCGCAAAUGGUCACCAAACUCAACCCUUCAUCUCAUGUUGGGUACCAGUUGUCACACUCAGCGCUGCAUGGUGCACAACGUUACGAAGAGGCCAUCGAGGCCUUCACAAUCAUGUUGUCCAAGUUGGACGAUGCUCCCGAAGCUCAGAUACGAGAUCUGCGUCAGCAGUACGUCUGUCCAUCGGAAGCAGAAGAUGCUAUUCGAAGAGCGGUUUGGAUUGAACUCAGCAACGCCCCCCUUCGUCUGCUCAACACCUCUACAGGUCUUUUGUGCGACCGAGCAGCACAGCUAAACUCCUUCAAAACAAGUCAAGAGUACAAGGAGCUUUUGUCAUCCAUAACGAAGCAUUCGGAUCUCGAAAUGGAACGCAUCAAGGAGGUGGUGGCGAUGCACUUCCGUUGUGUUUUGCUAUCACACAGGUGGGAAGAGACGGAGGUGAUGCUGCACCACAUUCAAAAUAAAGAUGUGCGCAAGUUGAAGGGAUCUGGUGGCAUCACGAAACUGCAGUCGUUCUGCAAAAUCGCUGGUGAUGCGGGGUACCUCUGGGCGUGGAUGGAUACAUGCUGCAUUGAUAAGAGCAACAACGCCGAGCUUGGAGAAUCGGUCCAAUCCAUGUUCGUCUGGUACCGCCACUCAGCGCUCACCAUAGUCUACCUAUCCGAUGUCCCUCCUUCGUCCCAACCCGGUGCCCUAGCAAACAGUGUUUGGAACGAGCGGGGAUGGACCUUUCAAGAAUUUGUCGCUCCGAAAGUCGUUAGAUUUUACCAGAAGGAUUGGUCGUUGUAUCUCAACGAUCGCUCUCUCAACCACAAAGAAUCUCAAGCAAUCAUGAAGGAGUUAGAGGGUGCGACGGGAAUAGAUGCACAGGCCCUGAUCUCCUUCCGUCCAGGGAUGAGAGAUGCUAGACAGACACUGCAAUGGGCAUCGAAGCGCGUCACCACUGUGCAGGAAGACACCGCGUACUCAUUAUUUGGUAUCUUCGACGUCCACCUACCUGUCAUCUAUGGGGAGAGGAAGCAGAGCGCGCUCGGCCGGCUCCUGCAAGAUAUCGUGUCUCGGUCGGGCGACAUCACUUGCCUGGACUGGGUCGGACAAUCGUCCGAGUUCAAUAGCUGCCUUCCAGCCAACAUCAUCUCAUAUGCAAUCCCACCAUACUCCCUACCAUCAUUGUCUGACGAUGAGAUUCAGACAGCGGUCUCUUUGUUGCGAAACAUUGUGCCUGUAAAUUCAGCUUUGAAGUUGUAUGACCUCCUCGAGAACACGACUACUCCGCUCUUCGCAAACUGCAGACUCCGUCUUCCUUGCAUCGCAUUCCGUGUCACGGAAGUCAAACGGAGGCCUGGUCGUGCUGCUCAUUCCACAUAUGAAGUCAAAGCAGAUGGGCUUCGAGACUUACUGAUCACCACGGCGGACAAGACACUAAUUCAGUUCUCGCGCGCAAGACCCACUCGGCAGACGUUCUUUCUUGUCCGUCCAUGGGAUCGUCGUCUCCUUGGGCUGCCUGAUUUUUCAGAGCAGCUUACCUUUGCAGACGAAGGAGAGAGCGUAGCGGAUUGGUCAGAGUCCCAGUCUGGAUUAGACGACACUGUAGAGUUGUCCAGGAACUCACCUGGAGAAGAGGAGUUGUCAGUUGACUUGGAUGUUCACUCACAAUCAUUGCGUUUGAUGGUUCACCUUGGGCAGGCUUUCAGCGCACUUUUGCUAGCGCAGCAACACGUUGGAGAAUACAAGAGGGUCGCGUCGGACCAAUAUAUCAUUGCGCAGAUGAAACACCCGGCUUCGAUUGACAUUACGAAUAUCAGGACCCUAGACAUCUUGUAGCUGAAUGGUUUUUUACAACACGUCGACGAUCACAUUAUCAUAGCCUCAUAUAUCAUACAUACCCUGCAAAUGACCCCUCGCAAAUACAAGAUUUCAAAAUUAUUUGACAUGCAGAGGCACCAUCUGCUCUCGAGGUGGUUGCAGAGGACGAUACCGU